AUGGACGUGUCGGACGCGCUGAGGGUCGAGUACCAUACCGGAGAGAGCUUUGCCGACGUGAGGGUCCCCUCAGAGUCUGCCUUUUACUCCCCCGGCGCCAUGGAGAGGGUCGGGCUGCCGGUGGGAGGGAGUAUAUGGCAGUUGCUGGCCGAGUUUCACGAAGCCCGUCGAAUCUCCGGGCCGGAUCUGCCCGACUUGCCCUUCCUUGGGGGCUUCAUGGGCUACAUUACGUACGAGCAGGGUCUGGCGGGCAUUGGCGUCCGCCUUGCUGAGCAGCACAGGGGUCACAGGAGACCUGAUGUCUGCUUGGCCUGGGUCACGAGGAGCAUUGUCAUUGAUCAUGUCAAGGGCCUCUUACACGUGCAGGAGCUCCGGCCUCGCCCUGGUAAGCGACAGGAUUGGAUCGAGUCGACGGUCGCUAGACUGCAAGCCUCGCAGAUGUGGAAGGCAGCCGCAAGCCCCCUGCCACCGCUGUCGAACAAGUUCCCGGGUGCCUCGAUCCAGACCCCGGCUGCGGACGAGUACGAGGACAAGGUCAAGAUUUGCCAGGAGUUCAUCGCCGCCGGCGACUCGUACGAGCUCUGCCUCACGGACCAAACGAUCAUCACGCGCUGCCCGCGGCGCCGCUCGCCAACAACGCCCACCUCAGUCCCGAAUGGCUCACACAGGAACUCCAAGGCCGCGGCCAAACCCGCCGCCGACGACUCCUGGGACCUCUACCGCACCCUCCGCACCAAGCAGCCCGCCCCCUUCGCGUCGUACAUCCGCCUCGGGCCGGCGACCCUCAUCAGCAGCUCGCCGGAGCGGUUCCUGCAGCACGACCGCGCGGGCCUCUGCUCGAUGAAGCCGAUGAAGGGCACGGUGCGCAAGUCCGGCGCGGUGGCCACGCUCGCGCAGGCCGAGGCCCUGCUGCACGUGCCCAAGGAGGAGGCGGAGAACCUCAUGAUCGUGGACCUGGUGCGGCACGACCUGCACGGCGUGUGCGGCGCGGGCAACGUCUGCGUGCCGCACCUGCUCGUCGUCGAGGAGUACCAGAGCGUGUUCACCAUGAUCACGGUCGUGGAGGGCCGGCUGCCCGAGCCCGAGGCCGAGGGCGAGGGCGAGGGUGCGGCGACGAGGCACACCGGUCUCGACGUGCUGGCCGCGAGCCUGCCCCCCGGGAGCAUGACGGGGGCGCCCAAGAAGAGGAGCUGCGAGCUGCUGCAGGAGAUCGAGGGCCGGCGGGAGCGGAGCCUGUACUCGGGCGUCGUCGGGUACAUGUGCGUGUCCGGCCGCGGGGACUGGAGCGUGACCAUCCGGAGCAUGUUCCGGUGGGACGACGAGGGCGACGACGAGGGCAAGGAGGUGUGGCGCGUCGGCGCGGGCGGCGCCGUGACGAUCCUCAGCACGCCCGAGGGGGAGAGGGAGGAGAUGUUUACCAAGCUCGGGGGGCCGCUGAGCAUCUUCUCCUGA